AUGGCCCUAAUCUGGCCGAGCGAAUCAACCUCCACCCUACCAUACAUGAUGCUUCUAAACGGCCGCCUUCGAAGCGUGCUAUCAGCGCAUCGUGGCACACUUCUUUUGGAUCCUAUAUUUCCAUUAUUUCCUUUGCCUAUCAUACACAGUCCAGUCCAGCCCUCUAAAUUACACCACUCCAAAGCUCGCCACGCUCGUCCUCUUCACUUGCUUGUUCUGUCCGCUGUGGAAACUUUUGACGAGAGUUUUGCUACUAAUGACGCGCCCCAAAUAAGCACUGAAUACAGCGAACUUGUGCAGUUUACUCUGCACGCCAGUACCACCAUCACAAGGCUGUCCAGCAUGGAUAUCCGGCCAGAUCCAUUGUCCGUACCCCUAUCCAGCCCUCGAACCGCUCAGAUGGCCAUCCAGAUGGAAAUUAAGGGAUAUCAGAAUUGUAAAACAAAACACUGA